AUGACUACCAGGUGUGCGCAUCGACUGCUUCUCCACCUCGCCUUAUCAACCCUGCUGGUCGACUUGGACGCGAAGUCGGACAUCCUCACGGCUAAAGAACGCAGCCAACUCACUGACUUCCAUGCCCUCCAUCGUUCACGCGUGGAUCCCCCAGCCGCCAACAUGAUGCUUCUGAGCUAUUCGCCGCAGCACGAGAAGCUGGCGAGCUCGUGGCUGUCCGCCUGCCAGUUCAGGUACCCGCCUAGAGAGAAUGACUCAGCCUUCGCAGGAACCAAUCAGAACCUCGCGAUGAGUCGAUCGCGGGGACCAAGCGUGCUGGAGCUGGCGGCUGCUUGGGCGCACGAAGAAAAGCACUACCGAGCCAGUGCCGACAAGAACUGUCACUACUGCGGUCAGUACAAGAAGAUGAUCUGGGCCACAAGUCGGAAAUUCGGCUGCGCGAAAAGGGACUGCGGCAACUCCACACUCCUCAUGUGUGUCUACGCCCCGGGGGGCAACUGGGAGGAGGAUAAACCCUACCUCGAGGGAACCAGCUGUUCCAAGUGUGAGAAGAACACGACGUGCAGGAAGAAGCAGUGCGACCCCAACCAACUACAGCCGCCACAGCUGGGCCCCAUCUUCUGGGGGCUCAUGGCCGCACUCUUUUACACCUACAUUGAAUAA